UCACAGUGUGUUCUCUACCUCCCUCUAGUUACUCCGUGUUUGGCCCAAUCACACUUACCGCGCCAUUGUUGCUAAAUUCUUCCCUUUUCUCGCUGACAGUCUUUCUUCCCACACUGAUCGCCAUUGUCGCUGCAGUUCCACUCUGAUUCGUUCGAUUGAGCAUUUUUCUUCUCCGCAGCGAUGGCGCGUCGUUCUGGAGAUUGCAUGAGAUGUCUGGUGAUUUUCGCGGUUGUAUCUGCUUUAGUCGUGUGUGGACCUGCGCUUUAUUGGAAAUUCAUCAAGGGUUUCGUUGGAUCCACUCGUAGGAACUCUGUUUGUCCUCCUUGCGCCUGUGAUUGCCCACCCCCUGUGUCUCUCCUCGAGAUUGCUCCUGGGCUUGCAAAUCUCUCUAUUUCAGAUUGUGGAGGUGAUGACCCAGAGCUCAAACAGGAAAUGGGGAAGCAGUUUGUGGACCUUCUGACCGAGGAACUGAAGCUGCAAGAAGCAGUGGCAGAUGAGCAUAGCCGUCAUAUGAAUGUUACCCUCGCAGAAGCUAAAAGAGUUGCAUCUCAGUAUCAAAAGGAAGCUGAAAAAUGCAACGCCGCCACUGAGAUUUGUGAAUCAGCUAGGGAGAGAGCUGAAGCUUUGUUGACCAAGGAGAGGAAGAUCACUUCUUUGUGGGAGAAGAGAGCUCGGCAAUCAGGUUGGGAAGGUGAGUAAACUGAUUUCACUUCUCAGUCUACCCUGAAGUGUCUCUCUCUCCGAAACCGAAUUUUCACAACUUAGCUCAAGAAAAGGGAAUUGUUUAAAUUUUCAAGGAAAAGUCCUAUCUUCCACGUUUCUCCAUACAUGUAGUAUUUUUGUUUUGCCUUUGGAUCGGAAUGUAGCUAAAGAAAGGCUUGGCCUUGUAUUGACUUUUCUUUAUAUAUAAUUGUCCAUUUCACUA